GCGAGGAUUUUUGUACCUGGACACCGGGCGGAAGUUAAUUUAGCUUUCCUAAUUUAGCAACAAGAAAAUUAAACAAGAUGUUAAGGAAUGCAAGGUCAUCUACUAGUAGAAAUGAUGAUUUGCGUCCGUUACGAACCGUUGAACUAACACCAAGGGGGCUUAAGAUUGAAUCGACUAAUUUUGAAGAAAAAGAACACCAUUAUGUUGAGUUUGAAUGUAAAUAUCUUGGAAAUAUUCCAGGUGUUCCUUCAGAAAAUGAUACAACUAACAGAACUGAAGUGCUGAAAAUAAUAGACAGGGGUAAAAAGCAGGGUUUAAUUCCACUUCACUUGACUUCUGAAAACGAUGCGAUCUUGUUCAUUAAUAAGGAAAAGGUGCAAGUAAAUCGACGCGAUUUAAAAGAAGAUUUUCUGCUACAUCUUCCUCUUCAUGAAAUUGCUCAUGUGUGUUACGUUCAAGAAGAGCGGUUACAUAUUCUAGCAAUUAAACACGGUACGCCAGAGCGGCUUAAUAUGGCAGUGCUGCUGUGCGAUGGACAAGACACGUCUGAAGCCAUAUGUGCGCUGGUGAGCUGCUGUUUUUCAGCUGUUUAUUCAGCAGUAAUGAUUGACUUAAUCGAGGACACCAUUGACAUCGCCAUUGAUAAUCGCUCUUUGAGUUCUGAUACAACAACGAUAAGUCAGCAUCCACAGUUUGUUUCUGGUUCAUGCAAAAGUUUAGAACCAGACUCGCCCGGACCAGUUGAUAGUGAAAUUAGUGCAGAGUCGCAGGCAGAUGUUCUUCGAGAAUAUAUGUGGCAACUAAAUGCAAAAUUGAAACCUGAAGAGUUAAAAGCAUUCUCCACAUAUCUAAAAAAUUGGAACUAUUCUUCAAACAAAUUGCAAGAUUUCUGUGAAAAUCUUUACAAACUUUAUGGUUCUGAGAGAAAAUAUCUAUUAGCAGGCAUGUACCCAUUCAUACCUGAACGUGACUGCCAGUAUUUUGAAAAAUUUCUGAAGAAGCAUGAUGUUAGUUUGCCAGGACUUGUUACACUCAGUAGCCUUCAUGGAUAUCCUCCGUUGUUCUACACUCGAUCUAUCAGUGAUAUUUCUGUUAAUAGUAAUACAGGGGACAGUAGUAAUGCUGAUUUUGGAACAAAUGCAGACUUUGACUCAGAGUUGGAUGCCCUCGGAAAAAACCUGGAAAGGAUUGAAGUGAGUGUAGGGGAGACCACUCAGUCCUACUUACAUUCUGUAUUUGAUAAGAACAGUAAAAUAUAAUCAAGAAUGAUCAGAGAUAUGAUUUAGUGCUGUUAUUAACAAAGUGAUUAAUAUUAUUCUGAAGUACAUACAAUGUACUGACAUAUUUCAUCUAAACAUAUAUAUUGAGUAUAUAGAGAUGAUCUUGGUUAUUUUUUAUAGCAAAAUGUGGUGUAAAUAUAUUCCAAAUGAAAUUAACAGUUUGAGACAUUGAGGCUAAAUGAACAGGAAUAAAUUUUAUUUCAUUGAAAGUGAUUAAUUUUGUGAUCAACUUACAUUUUCAUACUGACAAAAAAGUGUACAUACUGUGUAAACUUAUAGAUAAAAAUCUUUAUUAGCUUUUAUAAAGACUGAUAGUCAUUUAGUAACACAUACCUGUACUUAUUACAUACAUGAAGAUUUCAUGUCAAAUGUCAAAGUAUUUCUCUAUAAGCAACUCAAAGAGCUAAGCUUUAUUUAUGCAGGCCUUUUUAUCCUGAUAGUGUAAAUACCAUUAAAUGGAGGCAUUCCAAAUACCAGAACAUAUUGUUUUAGCUCUGACACAAAAUACUCAGAGGUGAGUUUUUGUGAUGGCAUAUAUUGUUCUUGGUCUGUCCUUAUCCACAAUAUCUUUAAACAACAUCUCCUCCUAAACCAGGAGAAGAUAAUGCAAAUUAGAUAAAUAGAGUCUAUUCUUUUAAUCACUGUAUGUUAAGUACUUCCCUUGAGGACUCUUUACAACACAUAUGUAUGACACAAGAACUCAAUUCGAUUUUUUACUCAAAUCUUAUUCUAAUGGUGUUGAUGGCAUUCCCAAAAUGCUUAAAAAAUGAUCUAAUGUAUUCAGAUUACAUGUAUGUACAAUGUAUGACAGUUGAAAAUUAAUGAUGUUUUCAAAUACAAAUGUAUCAGUAUUGGUGCUAUAUAAAUGUUGUGUUAUCACAUUUUGUAAGCUUCAUACACAUAUACAAGCAUGCUUUGAUACAGAGCUUAAAGAGGAUUGGUCUACAAUGAGCACAUUUUCUAAAAGUAUUUAAAAUAUUGAUUAAAAACAACAUAAAUAUAUAUCAUUUGGAUAUUUUUUAUAAAAUAUUUCUUGGAUGGAGUUCUAAGUGUUUUAGUCUGACAUUUAUAGGAUAAAAUAAUGAUAAUUUGAGCCGCGUCAUGACAAAACCAACAUAGUGCGUUUGCGACCAGCAUGGAUCCAGACCAGCCUGUGCAUCCGCGCAGUCUGAUCAGGAUCCAUGCUAUUCGCUAUCAGUUUCUCUACUUGUAAUAGGGUUUGUAAGCGAACAGCAUGGAUCCUGAUCAGACUGCGCGGAUGCGCAGGCUGGUCUGGAUCCAUGCUGGUCGCAAACCCAUAAUGUUGGUUUUGUCAUGACGCGACUCAUUUGUUAUAGAACAAUUUAUUAUCCACUAUAUACAUGAAAUAUUGGUUCCUGUAUCUCACACAAACAACUUCUAUAACUCUUU